GGAGAAACGCUUCCUUUCGGGUUUAUUGCUGCAUACAGUUGGAAAUAAAAGUCGUAUACAUUGCAGUUAUGCAUGUUAAGUGUUUGAGGUGGUUUCGAUGGUUAUUUUUUUAAGGAAUUAGACGAAGUCGGACCCGUGCGGAUUAGCAUGUUGGGUGGCCCUUUAACUCUUGUUUACAUUGAGCUGCUAAAAAAUAGCUUUAGCAUCAACACUUACAGUCAUGACAUCAAUAUGUUCUGUAUAUCAGUAUCGUUCACCUGGCUUUUCAACGUUUUAGGAGGUGAAUUCUGAUUACGAGUUUUGUACGAGGUCGGAAUUUACGGGGAAAAAUCUAACAAUAAUCAUAAUAAUAAAUAACGUAUCUUUAGUGCCUCUGACAACGGAAAGUAAAACGAGCAUUGUCAUCUUUGUAAGGCGGACUUUUUGCUGAUGUCAUUAGAUGUUCUGUGUGCAGUGUGCAAGUUUGGAAGGCACCUGAAUGCGGUUUGGGUCUGUGUUUUUGUGUCAUUCACAGCAGGUUCUAUGCUCCAGUUCAGGACCACAGAAGAAGAACAUAGUUGUGAGAUCUCCCAGCUCCGACAAGCAGCGUUACAAAACAAUGACAGACUCCUUGAUGACAUGCUGUGCCAGGAAAUCUACAAGAAGAUCAUCAACUACAGAGGUGGCUGGGGCAUCGCGGGCACCCCUCUUCACGCCGCCGUGUCCAAGGGCCACCUCAGUUGUCUGCAGGUUUUGCUGACCCACGGCGCCUUGGUGGACUGUGUGGAUGUCAAAGCCCAGACGCCUCUUUUCGCUGCAGUUCGAGGGAAGUACCUGGACUGCGUCUUAGCGCUCCUCAGGGCCGGCGCUGACCCUAAUGGGAACUCCUCUAACAACUGCUCCCCCGUCCUCACUGCUGCUCGUGAGGGCGAUGCUGCAAUACUGCAGGAACUGCUCAAACACGGUGCUGAGGUGAACUCGCGCUCCAAAGUCCUGCUCUGGACCUCAAGCGCCAGGGUGUCGAGCGGGCCGCUGUACCUGGCCGCCGUAUAUGGACACAUGGAGUGCUUCAAACUGCUGCUCCUCUACGGGGCCGAUCCAGACUACAACUGUGCCGACCCCAGACUGCUGAGUACCAUCAAGCAGCCCAAAACUGUGCUGGAGAUGUGUUUGAGGCACGGCUGCAGUGUGGAGUACAUCCAACUUCUCAUCGACUUCGGAGCCAACGUCUACCUUCCCACGCUUAUCAUCGAGAAGUCCACCAAGCAGAAUGAAGCUGUGGAGCUGCUGCUGCAGGAGAGAGGUGCCACACACAUUCAGAUUAUCCAAUAUCUUAUAGUGGGUUUCUUCGAGGAAUCUAUUGGAAAUCCAAAGGCCUUGACGUCACAGUGCAGACUGGCUGUGCGAAGAUACCUCAAAAAGAUCAACAAGAUCCACUGUAUCGAGCAGCUGGAGAUGCCAACAAGUGUCAUUAACUUCUUGCAGUACAAGCCUCUCCCAGUCACCCUUCUAUAGCUUCAUGUUGCAUCAUGUAAUUUUGUCUCCAUACGUUUUUUUUUUCUUUUUAAAUUGACCAACUGAUCAGUCUGUGUAACGUCAGAUCUGUUACAUUAAAUGUCAAUGUGUGGCUAAGUACUGUGUACUUUAUUUAUGUCAUAUGUGUGAUUUAUUUAUGUGUGGUAGGAAAACUGCACUUAAAAAAAAUGCCCAUCCACAAUCCUGAUACAAAACACACAUCAUUGCCUUUUCUGUGCGUUCCAACAAGAGAAACGCAGCUAACAAUGCGUGAGCCCUCUAAAACGCCCACUAUGUUCCAUUGACAUCACGUGACCUGCAUAUUAACCAAGAUACAGCAACUUAUUGUAGGAGCAAACACCAAAUAACUACUUUUCUGGCGUAGUGACACAGCACUUUGCUCACAGUGCCUCCCACUACCACUGCUAGAGCAGACAUUGUGACAGAGAAUGGCUUCGUGUUUCACUGUAGCUGGAUCUGCAGACCACCCAGCAACAUUAUUCUCUGCCUGGGGGGAGUAAACGUAAAAAGUAGUAGUCGUCACGAAGUCUGCCAUGAUUAGUGAUAGCAAACGCUCUCUCUGUAUUGCUGUUGUUGCUAUGGGGUCUGUGAAAUCAAUGCGCCUAGGAAGGAAGCUCCGGUAAUGCUUAAAAUGACCAAAAUACUGUCAGUAUUACAUAUCAUCGGGAAUGUACCUGCUACUACAUGGUCACAGAAUGUAUAUAAAACGAUAACACGCUUCAUAGAGGGCUCUAUAGGAGGAAUAGGUGAAUCCCAUUAUGUGCAUUGUUAGCUGCCUCAUGCUGGCAGUGUUUCUGUAUUUAGGACGCACAGAAGAGACGUGUUCAAGUCUCACAUAAGGAUUUUGUGCAGUCAAAUUAGACAAAAGUAAAAAAAAUAUGACCUAUAAUGUCCUUUAUAUAACAUGACUAUCAAGAGAAUGCAGAUGGUGCAAAGUCCAAGAUGUAUUGAGAUUGCAAUGAAGGCUGGUUGAAUAAACUGCCGGCAUGCUAACGUGCUAAAUUCCAAGCUAACCGACUACACGUGCUGAAAAACUUUGGUAAUAAGUUUUGAUGUCAGUGGGCAAGCUUGUCGACAAAAGCAAAUGUUUAGGUUCAAAUUAUCAAAAUAUAUGUACAAAAAAAAAAAAGAUAGUAUGCAACAAUACAAUAGUAAAAAGUA